UAUGUCAUACUGCACUCUGAGAAAGACAGUGAGAGAGAGAAGACAGUGAGAGAGACCAAGACAGUGAGAGAGACCAAGAGAGAAAAGAAGAGACUGCGCAGCACAAGCAGGUAGGAGGGAGGGAUUGCUAUUCCGGGGGUCUGGUUUCAGCCUGACAUGGUUGAAGGAUCAGUCCUUCUUUUUAGAUUUUUCUGACAGUUUCUCCGUGUGGGGUGAAUGUGCAUUUCUUAAAGUGUAGGUCAACCUGAGAUGAGGAGCAAAACAAAUUGCUCAUCAUAUUUUGUAGUAAAGGGGCCUCCAAGAGCUUGACUGGUCAACCUAUUUCACAUAAUUUGAUUUCAUAUUGAUAUAAAUGGCAAAAACCUUUGUUCAGAGAUCUUCCUCAAAGCAAAACAACUAACAUACAGAAAAUACGUGUGAUAAACUUCUCAGACGAUCUAAACAACCAUGUGGAACACCUGGCCUCCAGUUAGAGAUGUGAUUCUACGAGCCUGCUCUGACGCAGUUGAGGUUUACACAACAAGCAACAUGAGGAAGGGCUGGAGGGACAAAGCCGUCCUUUUCAUCACUUGCUCCACUUUCAGCUUCCUCCUCAGCUUCCUCCUCCUACUCUACCUCCUCUACACUCUGGACUACAAACUAGCGGUGGCCGGCAGUAUUGCAGGCUCCUGCUGGGUCCUAGUGACUGCUGCACUCUGUCUGUCCAGGCUUGUGCGCUGCCUCUGGCUCCUCUUUUUGAUGUCCUGCGGCAUGAAGCAGGGCAGGAACCUGCUCAUCACAGCUGGAACUAGCCUGGUGGUCCUCAGAAACUUCCGGAACACUCUAGAUAACCUCGCAGGCCUGGUUAGGAGCCUGGUCUGCAGCCUUCAGGCCAAGAGGCUGUUCCUCAACAUCUCGCCUCUGGACAACUACAUUAAAAUGCUAAAGUGGGUCGGUUCCAUAAUCAAAACAGGGUUCUCCUAUUUCUCUAGUAAUCUGUUGGAAUUGGAAUUUAAUUUAGAUGUGACAGGCAGUGUGGAAUCAGACAAGCUGAGGGAGAAACUUUUUCAGACGGAGAGGGCUUUAAAUGAAACAGCUGAAAGUGCCCGAGCAGUUAUGGACACUGUGUUCUCCGUGGGACAGAGGCUGUUUCCUGCCUUCAGUUUCAUCAUCCUCGCUGGCUUCACAGCUCUGCAUCUACAGAAGUACCGCAAGAACACCAAAUAUGAAAACACAUUCAUCACCAGCAGAUUCGUGCAGUUUGAUGAGCAGCAGAAAGCCGAAGGGAAAUCUCAGGUUCUCCCCCUCACCACAGAAGAAGAAAGACGCUACAUCCAGAUCUCUAGCCCACAUCUGACGGCCCAGGAAAGAAAAGCCAUGCUGAAAUUCUGCAUUCCAGUGGUCAUUCAUGUUUUGGCCUGGGUGCUGGUCAUUGGGAUUGACACACUCAUGUAUUAUUUUGUCAAGGUCAUCAAAACUCAUUUGGAGACAUUGGAGCCGUUGCACGUCCCUUUGAUUAUGAACAUCAAAGAGGAAACAUCUUUCAUCGGUUUUCCCAUCUCAGAGGACAGCAGAAGCAGAGAUUUCUCCUAUUCCCUGGCCCUCUUUGAGAAGGAGUGCCUCCCCGAGCCUCAGAUGCUGCUGUCCAGCUCCCUGGCCCCGUUGGCCCUGGUCCUGGCUGCCCUGGUCCUGAUGGGCAUGGCUGCCACCAGACUCGUCCGUAUGAGGCUGCUGGUUUGCGAGCGCUUCUUCGCCGACCGGGCCGAGGAGAGGGCAAAGCACCUCCACGCCAAGAUCCUGAGGAGGAGGUCAAAGUGGAGGGAAGCGGAGACUGGACCAGGCAUUCUGAAGUCACUCAUCAGAAAGCCACACUUCUGGUGUCCACUACUUUUCAGACUACAGGAGGAUGAGGACUCUAUUCUACCAGAAAGUAGGGCUAACAAGUAGUUAAACAGCAUUAGUAUAAAAUAAACAAAAACAGUGGGAGCAUUUACCAGGACGCAUACAGUUAGGAGACAAUGUUUUCCAUUGAUUCAACAGACUUACAUCAGUAUGUUUGGUAACUGUGGUUCAGCUGUUUCCCAAGCAGGUGUAUAUCCCUGGGCAUAAUCGCUUCCUGCACACAAAACCAAUUUAGUAUGUCAAGCUCGUUAAGACGGAAAGUGUGUACCAGACAGAGCUAGCCCAGCGGUUUCUAGGGUAGUUAUCUAAUGUUUGAGUCAGUGAUCACAUGUAGAGUCAUAAUGAAUCAGCAAUGUCUUGGGCUUUUUUUUAAAUGUCCCUGUACUGGAGAUAGAAACUGUUUACUUAUCUUUAUCAUGUCCUACCAGCAACAUUUGCACAUCUUGAGCUUUCAAGUUAGUGUGCUGUACUACCACUUUGGGAAUUAGAUGACUGCUGCUUUAGACCAAAGGAUAACUGCACCAACUUGAUUUGUCUUUGUUAGGAGAAAUCCAAGCAUUUU